CUUACUGGACAAAACUAUCUAAAAGAUAAGAUGAGCUCAAAGCAUCCACACUGCUAGUCUGACACUUACACAUCAGCAAUGACACAAAGGGGGAGGCCCAUUCACAUUUCCUGCAGUGAGACAUUACUUUUUCAACUGUUACGAAUUUUGGUCGAAGACCAGAAUUCACCAUGAAAUACAGGACGGUGGUGAUGUACGUGGAGAUUGGCUGCUUCGUGUCCUGCUUAUGUGGCUGGAUUCUGGUCUCUUCAACUCUUCCCACAGAGUACUGGACUUUCUCAGAGGUGGGCACCGUAGUGCUGACCACCUCCAACUACUACUCCAACCUGUGGAUGGACUGCAUCUCAGACACCACGGGGGUGUCUGACUGCAAAUACUACCCCUCCAUGCUGGCCCUGCCUGUGUUCUUGCACGCCUGCAGAGCACUGGCGGUCUGUGCUGUCAUUACAGGCUUCUUCGGUGGCGUCCUCACACUCAUAGGGAUGAAAUGUACUAAAAUAGGUGGGACAGAGAUUGUCAAUUCAAGGGUGACAUUUUCUGGUGCUAUCACCUACCUGGCUUCAGGCGGCUGCGGCAUGAUCACCUACUCGUGGUGGGCUAACAGAGUCAUAACUGAAUUUAAGAAUCCAAAUUUCAGGUCACAGAAGUUUGAACUUGGAGCGGCAAUUUUUGUUGGCUGGGGAGGAUCCCUUCUUCUUAUUUGUGCAGGGGCAGUGCUGGCCUAUUUGUCUGGGAAAGAAAUCCUACCAUCAUGCAUCAGUUCCACCCAAAGGCCACAGAGACCAGUUUCCUACACCACUGCCCGUACCAGACGUACAUACAUGAUGCCGCCCCCAUCCUCCAGAGUGACAUUAGUGCCCCCACUGUAUAACAAAGGCAUGGAUGGCCGAACAACCAGAGCAACAAAUAAGACAGAUCAAACCUUGGGCAGAGACAGCUUCGUCUGAGCCAGAGGGAACCAAGAGUGAAGAGAACAGAAAACGUAUGAUUACCCAUACAAUAUGAAGCUGUAGCAUAAAGGAGAAAUUGCUCUUACUGGUUGGUGUUGUAAAUUACAUUUGAGUCCACAAGGUGGACGAGGUGUAUUUUGUAUAAAAAUUGGCCAACCUCCUCAAAAUUCCAUGUCUCCAAUCCUCUUUGUACAAGUUCAGUUGCUAAUAUAAGUUAUAAAAUGUUUAACAAUUGGCCUUUAAUGUAUUACUGGUGCAUUUCCUUACUUAUAAUAUUCUGCACCAAUUUUUCUGUUUGCAAGUUUUUUAAUGCUUAAAAUCUCUGCAAUAAAGCUGUGUCCCUGACUUGCCUGUGCCACCAGUGACUUUUAUGUAAAUCCUUCUGAAUGGGUCCCCUCAUUGGGGACUUAAUGAGGGGACCAAUUCAUCUUCAUCUUUUUCUUGAUAUUUCAGAAUGGCUAACUGAUGUGUUAAAGCAUAACAUGUCCAACCUGUUACUCUUAUUUACCAUACAAACUGAUCAUUUUUGUAAUUUUGAUCAAGUGGUUGAUAAGCAUUUUAAAACUUCUUUUUGAGUUCUUCAUGUUCAUGCCUGGUUUGUGUUGUGGAAAAAUAAUUUGAGCCCCUCCCUGAGCCUGGUUUUGCCGGAGGGUUGUGAGAAUCUGCCGGAGGUUUCUACCUCCAGCAGAAAGGGAGUUUUUUCUUUCCACUGUUGCCAAAGUGCUUGGUCAUAGGGGAUGCUGGGAUUUCUGUAUACUAUUGUAGGGUCUUUACCUUACAAUAUAAGGUAAGGUAUAUUAUAAGAAAGCCCUCUGUAAAGCU